CCAACUGGUUCCCCGAAUGGGUGAACUUGGACUACAUAAUGUCAGCUGUGAAGGGAGAUUGUACUUCAAGAUGGCACUAAUAAAGUUAGAUUUGCAGCACUACUAUCAUGAUGCCAGGUGCCUGGUGGUGUUCCCUAUUGUGGAGGCUGAUCAUCGGACCGUUGCAGAUGUUCUGCAUGCUGUUGUCUCACUGUUCCAGUUGGGGACAGAUGGGGACGACAGCAACUCCCAUGUUAAUUUAUUCCAUGGCGAUUUUUUCAUCCAUCCUGACUUGCCAAGCAGUGUUCUGCUGAACCUGCAGGAUGAGCUACUCAAGCUGCGUCCCGUCACAGAAGUCACCGUCAGGAACAGUAAACGUUCAAACUCGGACCUGGAACCCACUCAAGCGGACGUCACGUCACCAGCACCUCUUCCCAAGAGACAAAAAGCAUGCCACGUUCCAGUCACAGAGGGAUGCUUCACGGCCCCCACAGAUGUGGCGACGAGGGGCAGGAUGUGGGAUGACGUUAUCACCUCCACCCUUCAAACGCAGGAACCUAUCCUUCUUGACAAAUAUAGUGUCGGCGACGAUGUGCUAAGUUCUCCUCACCCUGCGGUGCCCGAGGCUAGUCACGUUAAUACGCAGAACAUACCUAGUCUUAGUGGGCACAAAGAUGGUCACGUCACAAGAAUUGGGGUGUCACCUCGUGACAGCGAACCUGCGAAAAAUGGACUAAAUGACACACCAUUGGAGGCUUGUUCUGAGAAAACCCGAAAAAUACAACAAGUUUCGGUGUCCCCACAUCCAGGCAGCUUAGACACUAGUACCGCUCUCGCCCCAGAUGACAGCUCUGAUGAUGCAGAGAUCGGGAAUAUGAUGUCUCGGAGUGACGAGUUUCGAACGCGUAAUAACUUUGAAGUGGAGAAUGACUCUGAAAUCAAAGUAAAGAGCAAGCGGCGUCGCAAGCACAACAAGGCCUGCAAGCGAGAGCGUCAACGACUUCACAAAAUUAUUGGUGGGAAUCAAACUGGUUUGUGUGAAGAAGAAGCGAAGGCGGCAGCCGCAGCUAAAGCGGCAUUGGAGAGUAAGUAUUUGCGGCCAGGAUCCCUCGUGUUCUCCAAUAAGGCAGAACACGAGCGCCACCGGCACCAGUACGAGCGAGAGGUGGAAGCCUUGGCCAAACUGGUGGAGGGGAAGUCAGCGGUGGAAGUCAAGGCAAGAGUAUUGCCUGGCAAUCCUUUCACGAGACAAGCCUGUGGUCUUGUUGGCUUUAUGGGCAAGAAGACGGUCUUCGAUGUGGAGUCUGCAGAACACGCGACCGAGUCGGAUUUCAUGACGGACGACGUUGGUCUUGAGGCUUCGCCCUGCAACAAACCUUCAUCGAAUCAGGGCUUGCUUAGUUUGCCAGAGAGGACCGAGCAGUUUGAUUUGAUAAAGUUCAAAGCAGCAGUUAAAGAAAAUUCUGAACGAUAUUCAGGCUGUAAAAACCACGAAGAGUUCCAAUUUUUGGACGCCGUAAUAAAUGCUGACCAUGUUUCUGUUUACACGCACCAGAGAAGGCAAAGGAAAGAAGGAAGUGAACACCGACACCUCUGUAGUGCCCCCGCUGCUGCGUUGUCGUCUGAGCAGAUGAGCAAAUACCCCUUCAGGAACCCCCCUUCCAGCGUACCAUUCCCACCCCCUACUCGCGUUGUUCUCAACGAGUUUUCCUUCUUGACGUGCGUCGAAAAAUUCUCGGAGCCUCUCAUCUACUACAGGAGCGACAGGGGGCCUAGCACCUUUCCUGGAGCCAGUCUUCUGCCCUCCAGCGCCCUGAGCCUUGCUGAGGGAGAGCUUAAGCUUAAAAGUAGACGGCAUCCCUCGCUUGCAAAUGACGGCACCACCAGGAAGAACAAUGUGCCGCAAGAGGGACAGCUUGUGCACAACGGACUGGCUGAGCAUGAUGGACUGGCUGAGCACAACGGACUGGCUGAGCAUGAUCGCCUGGCUGAGCACAACCGACUGGCUGAGCAUGAUGGCCUGGCUGAGCACAACGGACUGGUUGAACACAACAGAUUGUCUGAGCACAACGGACUGGCUGAGCACAACGGACCGGCUGAGCACAACGGACCGGCUGAGCACAAAGGACUGGCUGAGCAUGAUGGACUUGCUGAGCACAACGGACUGGCUGAGCACAACGGACUGGCUGAGCAUGAUGGACUGGCUGAGCACAACGGACAGGCUGAGCACAAUGGACUGGCUGAGCACAACGGACUGGCUGAGCAUGAUGGACUGGCUGAGCAGAAUGGACUGGCUGAGCACCACGGACUGGCUGAGCACAACGGACUGGCUGAGCAUGAUGGCCUGGCUGAGCACAACGGACUGGCUGAGCAUGAUGGACUGGCUGAGCAGAAUGAUGGACUGGCUGAGCAGAAUGGAGCACAACGGACUGGCUGA